UAAGAACACAUAUUAAAAAUGGCCAAGAUUAGUCAAGACGUUUCUUCUUCCCGUUCUAAAGCCAGAAAGGCUUACUUCAACUCCUCCUCUGUUGAAAGAAGAGUUUUAUUAUCUGCUCCAUUAUCCAAGGAAUUAAGAGAAAAGUACAAUGUCAAGUCUUUACCAAUCAGACAAAAUGAUGAAGUCUUGGUUGUCAGAGGUUCCAAGAAGGGUUCUGAAGGUAAGAUUAACUCUGUUUACAGAUUAAAGUUUGCCGUUCAAGUUGAAAAAUUACAAAAGGAAAAGUCCAACGGUGCUUCUGUCCCAAUUAACAUUCACCCAUCUAAGGUUGUUAUUACCAAGUUACACUUGGACAAGGAUAGAAAGGCUUUGAUUGAAAGAAAGGGUGGUAAGCUCGAAUAAAUUAUUUUCAUAUUGUAAUAAAACUCUUUAUAUAAUUCGCACAGUGUUUAUUUAAUAUGAAUGUAUUUUAAUGGUUCUGUAUUUU